AUGGCAUGCGCUUUGAAGAUCGACACAACAAUAUUGGCCUUACGGUCCCUCUCCGAAGACCCGAAUCUACUUGGACAUGCAUGUGCACAACUCCUACAAGCCGUCCGUGAGUUGGUUAACAAACACCUUGAUCACAACCACGAUCACCGGUCUAAAGCACCCGCCUGCUUGGUCGCUACUGAAGACUUCACACGCGAAAUUGACGCACAUAUCUUCGAAUGGCGGGUCCAAGAUAAAUGUACGGAAGCGUUCCCCGAUGAUCUGCUUAUUGAUAGGAAAGCGAGGAGGCCAAGGAGGAAGAUUUUGAAGAAGUACAUCAGAGAUCUUGAAGCAGCUUUGAAGGAAUGUCUUGUUUCUGGUUUAGGCACCGUCUUGGGUGGCUACAGCGCAGUCGAGAAUGCGGGUUUCAAUAAAGGUGUUGACAAAGUGCUCAGUGGCAUACAGUGGAGAGAUUACCCUGACAGAAAUGUGGUGAUGGAGGCUGGACGCUGUGAUUGGAAAGAUUGGUUGCGGAAGAGAUGUGAAGUUGUUGGGAAUGAUCUGGAGCUAGAAGGCAGAAUUUGA